AUGGGCAAGGUCUUUACUUAUGACGAAGUCUCGCAACACAGAUCCGCAGACAGCUGCUGGGUAAUCCUCUACAACAAUGUCUACGACGUGACAAAAUUCGUCCCCGAACACCCCGGCGGCGCAAAAAUAAUCCUUCAAUUGGCCGGUCAAGACGCAACCGAAGAAUACGAUCCCAUCCAUCCUCCGGGCAUCCUCGAAGAAACGCUAGCUCCAGAAUGCAAAUUAGGUACUGUUGAUACCAGUACUCUGCCUUCGGUUGAAAAGUCUCCAGUGGAUGAGGGCAAGGCAGAUGAAAAGGCUAUUAUGCCAUUGGACCAUUGUCUAAACAUGGAUGAUAUUGAAGCCCUCGCAACACAAAAAAUGUCCAAAAAGGCUUGGGCGUAUUAUUUUUCUGCUGCUGAUGAUUUGCGCUCCAAAGCUUGGAACAACACAGUAUACAGCAGUAUUUUAUUGCGACCUCGCGUAUUCGUGGACAUUACAAACUGCGAUACUAGUACCACUCUCCUGGGCAACAAAGUCAACAUCCCAUUAUUUGUCUCUCCAGCAGCAAUGGCAAGAUUAGGUCAUCCAGACGGGGAGCACGGCAUCGCAAAAGCAUGCAACAAAUACGGUGCUUGUCAGAUCAUCUCCAACAAUGCCUCGCAAACACCCGAACAGAUUCUUGAAGGCGCGCCUGCAGAUCAAGUCUUUGGCUGGCAACUCUACGUCCAAAACGACCGCAAAAAGAGCGAGGAUAUGCUCAAGCGCAUCAACGCUUUGAAACAGAUCAAGUUCAUCGUGUUGACACUUGAUGCUCCCGUACCAGGAAAACGCGAACACGACGAGCGAGAAGGUCAGAAUGUAGGUGCUAACCUACCCAUCCGCAGCGCGCAUCAACAAGACAGCGCAAGCACCACCUCGCCCGAUCCCAAAAAGGGAGGAAAUAGUGGUAGUGGCAGUGUCGCUUCUGCAAUGUUCGCAGGCACUGCAGGAGACUUGACCUGGAAAACAACUUUACCUUGGUUGGCCAAACACACCAAGCUUCCCAUCGUACUCAAAGGCUUGCAAACACAUGAAGACGCGUACAUAGCUUCAUUGUACGCGCCCCAAGUUCAAGGCAUCAUUCUCUCCAAUCACGGCGGUAGAGCUGCAGACACGGCACCUCCUUCCAUCCACACGUUAAUCGAAAUCCGCAAGUACUGUCCAGAAGUCUUCGAUAAGCUUGAAGUCUGGGUAGAUGGCGGCAUCAAGCGCGGUACCGAUAUUGUUAAAGCACUUUGUUUGGGAGCCAAAGCAGUGGGUAUGGGCAGAAAUGCGCUGUUUGGGCUUGGGGCAGGAGGUACAGAGGGUGUGGAAAGAGUGUAUGAGAUCUUGAAGGCCGAGCUGGAGACGACGAUGCGGUUGCUUGCUGUGGAAAAGGUCGAGGAUUUGGGACCUCAGCAUGUUAAUGCCAGAGCUGUGGAGAGGGAUAUCUACGACGGUCCUGCUGGUUUGGAAAAGUUGAGCAUGUGGAUCAAGGCCAAGCUGUAA